AUGGCAGGCCUGUGCGUUGACCGAGACGGCGAACCCGCCACAGGCGUGGGCGUGGACUCGCACGUCUCAGAAGAUGAAGCGACGAAGCCUAGCGAGACCAGCCCGCGCAGUUCGGAGGAGGGCUAUAUCUACCCACAUCUGCAGACGUCCUUGGAUAGCGAGACGCUGCGGCAGUUGAGGGCCGAGUGGCGAAGCUCAAGGAAGCGCAGAAAGAGGGGGCCAUCGGGAACGACGGGUGCCACGAAAGAUCGCGGCCGGCUGCACCGCGAGGCCUCGUUCAAGACAGACAGGUAA